AUCGUUGCGGUUGCCGGGCGGGCGCGUCGUCUGUUCUCUCUCUCUUUCUCUCUCUCUCGAUUACUUCUCGUUCGUGCAGUGCAGAUGAACUCUUAAUGUUCGUUUUUUUUCCCUUGAAGUUCUGCUUUGUUCUGUGACAUAAGUGAGGUACUACAUCGAAAAACGAUCUGAUUUUAUUUUUCAGGUCACAAACCUGAAAAUACCAAUCUACGAUACAGAUCUAGAAACCACGAAUACAUAUUUUGUCGGGGCUAAUAGGGGGGAAAAAAGAAGAUAUUCUGUGGCAUCGGAACUCUGUAACACUGUUGGUUUCUGUGAACGCUUCAGGUAAGGCAAGGCAAGGUAAGUGACGAGACAAAGAUGGUGCAGGAGGAGCUGCCGCAGGCAUGGUGGUUCGACAGCCACAACCUCGCGAGGCCGUCGCCAUGGCUGAACAGCACGCUCUCAGAGCUGGAUGACAAGACCAAGCAAAUGCUGAAGCUGAUCGACCAAGACGCGGACUCGUUCGCCCAGCGCGCCGAAAUGUACUACAAGAAGCGGCCGGUGCUGGUGGACAUGCUCGGCGACCUGUACCGCACGCACCGCUCGCUGGCGGAGCAGUACGACCUGCUGAAGCACGGCAGCGGCACACGGCACACGGUGUUCGGCCUGUCUUCCUGCACACAGAGCCGGUCGUCGACGAACGGCAGGACCACUCCUCGCUCCUCCUGCUCGGCCUCUACGUACGACUCGGAGUCCGAAGUGGACGACCCCGGGCAGGAAGAAUACGAGGCAGAGCAGCUGGCGCGUGCGGGGAUGGCCAAGACGGAGUCGCCGCCGCCGCCGCCGGAGCAGCAGCAGCAAGAACAGCGUGAGCAGGCGGAGCAGCAGAUGCGCGCGGAGAUCGAGAGGCUCAAGGCGCAGAACGCGGCGCUGCAGAAGGCGGCCGAGGAGAGCGCGGCGGCGCUCAGGGCGGAGCUGGCCGGGAAGGACGAGGAGAAGCGGGAGGUGAUCAGGCAGCUGGCGUCGUCCAUGGACGUGAUGAGGCAGGAGAACCUCACGCUGCGCGAGCACAUCAGCAGGGGAUCGUCGAAGCGUUCCUCUGCGCCCCGCGCGGGAGCUGCGUUCGAUCUCAGGAAGGUGGCCAGGGGCCUCUUCUCCGCGAGGCUGUUCACCGCGCACUGCAGGCCUACGGGCCCCAUCGUCGCGCUCUGAGCAGGAUGCCAGGAUCGUGAAGAGAGACAGCGUAGAUAUGCAUUUGUUGUAGGCGAGUGAUGUGCAUAUUAUAGGAUGGCAUCGAUCGAUAUUCCCUCCGCUGUCUGUUUCUCAGGUUCAACUAAACUAGAGGGAGCACUCGUUUUUUACUAUGAUGGCGUAGUAGUAGUAGUUAACUGUAGUUAAAUAUUUACUAGUCAUAUGGAUGCAUGUUUGUAUGAUGGCGUUAAUUAUUGUUAAGUAUUAUUUUGUCAGUUCCUC